UGAACGCUUUCUAUCAGCAUCUUCACCAUUCAGCGCUGCAACGCAAAUAUCAGAAUUCAGAAUUUAACUUCACCCAGAAACCAAAAAUGAUGAAGUUUUAAACUUUGAUUUUGCAUUCCACUACUCUUAUGGUAGAUUUCAAAUGUUGGGUGGUAGACUUUCUUCUCAAUCUCAAGGCCUCAAUGCAGCAACUUCAGCUUCUGCACUCAACUCCUCGCUCAUAGCUUCUGAUAGAUUAUCCUCCGCCCCUAUAUCUCUCUUGAAGGAACCCAUUUCAAAUGCCAGAGGAUUAUCCGCUAAACAAAGUUCUUUUAGCGGAGGUCGCCAAAUCAACUUCGCGCGGUCUUUUAGGCGUACUCGACGACGAAACAGAACAGGAGUUGUGGUCUCACCAACCUGUGUGCUACCACUUACGGAAGAGAAUGUAGAGAAGGUUUUGGAUGAGGUAAGGCCUAGCUUGAUGGCUGAUGGAGGAAAUGUGGCUCUACAUGAGAUAGAUGGCCUUGUUGUUAUACUCAAGCUACAAGGAGCAUGCGGGUCAUGUCCUAGCUCAACCAUGACCUUAAAGAUGGGAAUUGAAACACGCCUCAAAGAUAAGAUUCCUGAAAUCCUGGAGGUGGAGCAGAUAGUUGACACUGAGACUGGACUUGAAUUAACUGAGGAUAAUGUUGAAAGUGUUCUUGCUGAGAUUAGACCAUACCUUAGUGGCACUGGGGGAGGAACACUGGAACUUGUUCAGAUUAAUGACUAUGUCGUCAAAGUUCGGCUCACUGGACCUGCUGCAAAAGUUAUGACUGUUCGUGUGGCCCUAACUCAAAAGUUGAGGGACAAGAUACCUUCCAUUGCAGCUGUGCAGCUAAUAGAGUGAUGGAUUCCGUACCCGUUUUAAACCAAACAGAUGAACAUGUGCAUUUGUCUUCGUCAUACAGGAUUCAACAUUGCCUCACUUUUAGUUUUACCCUCACCAUUUCAACCCAUUGGGGUACAACUGAUUAUAUGUAUUUCUCCUCUCACUCUCACUUUAUCGUUGUAUUAUUCAGAAUUACCGAAUUUUCAUGUUUCAUGUCUAUAAAAUUCUAUAGACAUUUAUAGUAAAAUAUCCUUGAGAAAAAUAUUUGGUCA